AUGAUAAACAUUUCAGUUUCGGAAUUCAUGAUACUAUGUAGCAGUGUCCUCCUUAUUUUUUUACUACUGACCGAGGUCCUAGAUUGGACCCAAUUAUUUCCCUGGGCGGAAGAAUGCAAUUUUCCACGGUACACGUUCGGUUACGCGGACCGCAACGGACCCCACAUGUGGAAACUGUUGUAUCCUGACAGUAAUGGUGGCAAUCAGUCGCCUAUCAACGUCACAACGCAACUCGCCGUUGUGGUGCAACCGUCCGAACCUCUUCGAUGGAGCGGCUAUGACAAAGGACCAUUAUCGAUGACUAUAACCAAUAAUGAAAAUAACGGUGCAAUUUUCCAUCACCGGUUCAAUAAGCAAAAUUACUUGUUCCAUUCGAGUCGAAGCGAAUUAUUCAAUCGUGUCGAUUUUUCUUUCCUUUCUUUUUUUUUUUUUUUUUACGUAUUCGAAACUCUGUUAUUCCACGCUUUUAUAACGCAUAUCGUUAUAUAUCGAUUUCCAGUGGUACUGAACACGAUGUGGAACAGCUCGACUCGACCGUACAUCCAAGGUGGAUGUUUGACCAACGUUUACGACAUCUGCUCCAUGGUCUUUCACUGGGGCCACUCGAACGAGGAAGGUAGCGAGCAUACUUUCGAUUAUGUUCGAUUUCCUAUGGAGCUACAAGUGUGGCACAUAAAACGUGGCUUCAACUCGUUGUUGGACGCGAUCACGGCUAAAGAAAACGACGGCAUAUUGAUCGUGUCGUUCUUCUUUCAGAUUACGAACGCAGACAAUCCUUACUUGGACCACAUCGUGACAAAUCUGUGGCGGAUUAUUCAACCUGGAACAAAGGUGCACAUUCCUCCUUUCCCACUGUUAUGGAUUUUUCCAACUUUCGAAAGGGAUUAUUACACGUACAAUGGCUCUUUUACCCAACCACCGUGCAGUGAAAUCGUCACGUGGAUAUUGCAACCUGAACCGAUUGCCAUAUCGUCGUCUCAAGUUGCUCAAUUUCGAAAAAUCUGCUCACCAGACGGCCCCAUUUUGUUCAACUGUAGGCCCGUUCAACAAGUGAACGAACGUAGCGUUUAUUUUUACGCAUAG